AUGUUCAACGGCAACACGAACCAGCUGAGUUACACGUGUAAUCCGAGUCUCAUGCGGGACUUUCACUGCGCAGCGAUCUCGUCUAUGCUAGACGACCAACAAAUUGGGUUAACCGAGCUUUACCAGAGGAAAGCUCGAGCCUUCCCCUCGAGGGUGUUCUCGAUGCUGGCAACGGUGCUGAAGAUGGGUGACACUGGAGGGAGCUUUACUCUCCUCCGCCCGAACGGGUUUGCGAGCAGUGCUAUGUGGCACCGGAUCUCGCAUGGAGCCAAAGACGAGCAAAGCUAUCUGGCGGCUACGCACGCUGCAGAAGAAUCCGUGACAUACGUCGAGAGCAUGCUCGACUACGUUGAUCCGACACUGAUUCCAGACCUUCGAGCCAACGAGACUUCUCGAGCUUACAAGAAGCCGGCGCCUGCCGAAAACCCUUUGAAUGCGUGGAUUUACAGGACUCACCUCAAGGCUUCAGCUGCCAUACCUGAGACUGGCUUGCUGGACGGUAAAACCGUCGCGAUCAAAGACACCGUCUCUGUAGCCGGCGUUCCCAUGACCUGCGGCACUCAGCCGUUCCACCUGUGCAAAGAGGCACCGUACCCGAUCCCCAGCAUCGACGCCCCGGUGGUCUCGCGUAUCCUCGAAGCCGGCGCGAUGAUAACCGGCACGUCGACGUGCGAGAACUAUUGCAUGUCGGCAAUGUCCUGCACGGCCGCCACUGGACCGGUUGAUAACCCCUGGCUGGAGGGCUUCUCAGCUGGAGGUAGCAGCAGCGGUUCGGCGGCUCUCGUAGCUAUCAACAGCAUCAAAAGAUGGCGCGAAGCCAGAGGCCUGCCGGUGAAAGACUUGGGACAAGGCGCCGAUCUUGCCGUCGGUGGCGAUCAAGGUGGCAGUAUCCGCGUUCCCGCGGCGUACUGCGGUAUCUACGGGCUCAAGCCCACUCAUGGGCUGGUGCCCUACAUAGGUAUCGCGUCUCUCUUGCCCAUGCUUGACCAUGCCGGUCCAAUGGCAUCUUCGGUGCGUGACACUGCUCUUCUCCUGGCAGCGAUCGCCGGGUACGACGGGUUCGAUCCUCGCAUGACGCCGGAGACGCCCCUUCGCCACAACGUGCCUCAGUACUAUGGCCUGCCGGACGGUGAGAUCGACUCUCGCAUCGCCGCUGGCACGUGGACCCCGAAAGCUGCCGCCACGGGUUUGCGCAUCGGCAUACUCAAAGAAGGCAUCGAGAUUCCCGGUAUGGAUGCCCAGGUGGCAGACGUGGUCCGACAAGCCGCGCUUCGGUUCGCGAAGCUCGGCGCGUCCGUCGAAGAGGUCUCGAUUCCUCUACACGCCGCCGCUCCGCACAUAUUCACAGCGGCCAUGCGCGCCUAUAUGGCUGACACUUUCCUGUUCCAAGCCGCUCCGACCUCGCUGUCUUUCCCAUUCCCUGGCGGUGCGGCUCCGGAGACCAGUCAGGCGUGGUAUGAGACCAUGAACGAGUACAACCCGGUGGUCGUCGCUGCCCUCCUGAGUGGUGUGGCCCUCCGUGACAGGACGAGGUACCCCGAGAGUGUGCGAAGCAAGGCCAUCAGACACGUGCACGAGCUGCGGGCCGCCUACGACCAAGCUCUGGGGCGGUUCGAUGCGCUGGUCACGCCCGCGACGCCGACAGUGGGGACCCCGCACGCGCCCCGAGACAUGGGCACGACAGAAAAGAUCGGCUUCCUCCUGGGCAACACGGUGAGCACGAUGGCGUUCAACGUGUCUGGUCAUCCAGCCUUGGCCAUGCCCGUUGGUUGGGGCUCGGUCGAGACAGGGGACGGUAGGUUGCCGGUCGCGAUGCAGGUGGUGGGGAAGAGAUGGGACGAGCAGACCGUGUUCCUCGCUGCGGCUGCGUGGGAGGUGGGAGGCAUGGGCCUGGAUGAGGAAGAGCAAUGA